AUAAGAAGAUACACCCAUACCAAAAUUAUUUGGUACACACUUAUUAAACAACCACAAUCACCGUUAUGCUAUCCACAACCUUCUUUUAAUCCACAUUUUUGUCCAUAAAUACAUCUCACAGACACUACCACCAAUUCCAUGGAUGACAUUCCCAAUUUAACAGUUCUUGAACAUUCUCGAAUAUCACCACCACGGGACACCAUUGGCCACUGUUCGCUGCCACUAACUUUCUUCGACGUUACAUGGCUACUGUUUCCACCGGUCCAUCAUCUUUUUUUCUACGACUUCCCACAUCCAAAAUCCCAUUUCAUAGAAACCGUUGUCCCCAAUCUAAAACACUCAUUAUCAAUCACUCUUCAACAUUGUUUCCCAUUUGUUAGCAAUCUGAUUGUAUUUCCCACGGUUACUAGGAAGCCGAAAAUCCGACACGUGGAAGGUGAUUCUGUUGCAGUUACUUUUGCAGAAAGCACUCUUGAUUUUAAUGAUCUGACAGGAAAUCAUCCUCGGAAAUGUGAAGACUUUUAUCUGCUUGUUCCUGCUUUAGGUAGUGCCGUUAAAGAAUCUGAUUACGUCACACUCCCACUUUUCUCGGUCCAAGUGACGUAUUUUCUGAACUCAGGUUUCUCUAUCGGAUUGACAAAUCAUCACAGCCUUGGUGACGCUAGUACUAGGUUCUGUUUCUUAAAGGCGUGGACCUUGGUUUCUGAAUCUGGUGGGGAUAAAUCAUUUUUAACAAAUGGAUCUCCACCUAUUUAUGAUAGAUUCAUUGACAUUCCGAAACUAAAUGAAAAGUUGUUGAAUCAAACAAAGCUGGAAACAUUUUAUAAAAGUCCUAGUCUUGUUGGUUCCAGUAAUCGGGUUCGGGCCACAUUUGUGUUGACCCGAACCCAUAUUAAUCAACUAAAGAAACAUGUCUUAACCCAACUUCCAACUCUGGAGUAUGUAUCCUCUUUUACAGUAACAUGUGGUUAUAUAUGGAGUUGUAUUGCGAAAUCAUUAGUCAAAAUGGGAGGAAAAACAAGUGAAUAUGAGUUAGAACAGUUUAUAGUGUCAGUCGAUUGCAGAUCACGUUUAGAUCCGCCACUUCCAGCAACUUACUUCGGUAAUUGUAUCGCACCGUGUAUUGUAACUAUAAAUAACGUUGUGUUAUCAGGUGAAAGUGGGUUUGUUAUUGCUACCAAAUUGAUUGGAGAGGGUAUAAGUAAAAUGGUGAACAAUAAGGAGGGGAUCUUGAAAGAUGCGGAGAGAUGGUAUGAUGGUUUCAAGAUUCCAGCAAGGAAGAUCGGAGUCUCGGGUACACCAAAACUCAACUUCUAUGACAUGGAUUUCGGGUGGGGGAAGCCAAUAAAAUAUGAAGCUGUUUCAUUUUACUAUAUGAUUAUGGAGACGUUUUAUAUAAGUGGAUCCAAAGAAUCAGCAGCACAAGAUCUUGAAAUUGGAGUGUGCUUUUCGAGUUUGCAGAUGGAGGCAUUUGCUAAUAUCUUCAACCAUGGAUUAAAAAGUGCAAUUUAUCAGUAAUAUAUCGUUACCUUUUUCUAUGUAUCAAAUAUAUAUAGUUGCACAUAUGUAUCAUGCUUUCAAAUGUGUUUUGAGUUUGAACAUCCACUGCUUAUGAAUGUUUAACUAUGUACGUAUCAAA